UGGUUUUGGCCUAUUUAGCAGGCUUCUUUUCCCCACUCUGUCUACUUUGUACCAGCCCUUCUCAGACCCAUACAGAGAGACACCACUGAGACUCUGACCAACAAAAAAAAGCGCCACCUGAUCAGAGCUCUGAAGAGAUAUCAAUGGCAGUCUUGGUUCUGGUUUUUGGGUUUUCUUUGCUAAUGUUUGUCUGUUUUGCUUUGUUGAAAUGGAAUGAGAUAAGAUUCCAUAGAAAAGGCUUGCCUCCAGGGACAAUGGGAUGGCCAGUUUUUGGUGAGACAACAGAGUUUCUUAAAUUUGGACCAGAUUUCAUGAAGAACCAGAAAGCAAGAUAUGGGAAUGUGUUCAAAUCACAUAUACUGGGGUGUCCUACAAUAGUUUCAAUGGAUCCAGAGCUAAACAGAUUUAUACUUCUGAAUGAAGGAAAAGGACUUGUUCCUGGUUAUCCACAGUCUAUGCUUGAAAUGUUAGGCAAAUUCAACAUUGGUGCUUUGCAUGGUUCUGCUCACAAACAUAUUAGAGGCUCAUUGUUAUCCCUUGUUGGUCCUCCUGCCAUUAAAGACCAGCUUUUAUCUAAAAUCAACAAGUUUAUGAGUUCUUUUCUCCUUGACUGGGAUGGCGAAACCAUUGACAUUCAAGAAAAAACUAAUAAGAUGACAUUCUUGACAUCCUUCAAGCAGAUUGUGGAAAGUGAAUCAGAUAGAAUCUAUGAGGCUUUAAAACCAGAGUUUGAUAAGCUUUUACUAGGAACUUUUUCAUUGCCUAUAAACAUUCCUGGCACAAAUUACUAUCAGGGAUUACAGGGAAGGAAAGAGAUAGAGAAAAUUUUGAGACAGAUUAUGGAGGAGAGAAGAGGUUCAAUAACCCAUAAUAAGGACAUGCUUGAUCAGAUUCUAAAGGAUGAAAAGUCCAAAUUCAGUCUUACUGAUGAAGAAAUAAUUGACCAGAUGAUCACAAUUCUGUUUGCUGGUUAUGAAACUGUGUCAACUACUUCAAUGAUGGCAAUUAAGUAUCUUCAUGACAAUCCAAAAGCUCUUCAAGAACUUAGAGAAGAGCACUUGGCCAUUAGAAGAAGGAAAGGAGCAGAGGAUCAUAUUGAUUGGGAUGAUUUGAAGUCCAUGAGUUUUACUCAUUGUGUGAUUUUGGAAACAUCAAGGUUAGCUUCUGUUGUUAAUGGGGUGCUAAGAAAAACAACUGCAAAUUUGGAAAUGAAUGGAUUUGUUUUUCCAAAAGGAUGGAAAAUAUAUGUGUAUACAAGGGAGAUCAACUAUGACCCAUUUCUUUAUCCACAACCUUUUUCAUUUGAUCCUUGGAGAUGGCUGGACAAGAGCUUGGAAAAUCAUAAGUAUUGUUUCAUAUUUGGAGGAGGAAGCAGGCUGUGUCCCGGAAAGGAAUUGGGCAUUGUUCAGAUUUCAAUAUUUCUUCACUACUUUGUUACAAGAUACAGAUGGGAGGAAGUUGGAAAAAAUGAGAUUUUGAAGUUCCCAAGAGUUGAAGCACGAAAUGGAUUGUAUAUAAAAGUAUCUAAGUAUUAAUGUUAUGAGAUAGAAGUUGGAUAGAAUAUUGUAGGUAGGGAAAAGUGAAAUAAAUAUUUGGUAUCUUUUAUUAAUUAAAAUAUAAAUUAGAUAGGUAGUGCUUAAAAGAAAGUUUAGAAUGUAGGAUGCCUGUUAAAUAUAGACUGUAACUAAAUUUAACA